CCCUUGGCUGGAGGGCAGGCGCAGUGGAGCGCGGGUGACAUGGUGCGCGGCAAGAUAUCCCGGCUCUUGGUGCAUGACGUGCGCUUCCCCACGUCGCUCGGGGGCCACGGCUCGGACGCCAUGCACACGGACCCUGACUACUCAGCAGCCUACGUUGUCCUAGAAACUGACGCGGAAGACGGGCUGCGGGGCUGCGGGCUCACCUUCACCCUUGGGAAGGGCACCGAAGUGGUCAUCUGUGCUGUGAAUGCUCUCGCCCACCAUGUGCUUCACAAGGACCUCAGGGACAUCGUUGGCAACUUCCGAGGCUUCUACAGGCAGCUCACCAGCGACGGGCAGCUCCGAUGGAUUGGUCCAGAGAAAGGCGUGGUGCACCUGGCGACGGCAGCGAUUCUGAAUGCAGUGUGGGAUCUGUGGGCGAAGCAGGAGGGAAAGCCUCUGUGGAAGCUACUUGUGGACAUGGACCCCAGGACACUGGUAUCCUGCAUUGACUUCCGGUACAUCACGGACGCCCUGACUGAGCAGGAUGCCCUGGAAAUACUGCAGAAAGGUCAAGUUGGUAAAAAAGAAAGAGAAGAGCAAAUGCUGACACAUGGUUACCCUGCCUAUACCACGUCAUGCGCCUGGCUCGGGUACCCGGAUGACUUGCUGAAGCAGCUCUGUGUGGCAGCCCUGCAGGAUGGCUGGACCAGGUUCAAAGUGAAGGUUGGCGCCGACCUCCAGGACGACGUGCGCAGAUGCCGCCUCGUGAGAGACAUGAUUGGACCCGAGAAGACUUUGAUGUUGGAUGCCAACCAGCGCUGGGACGUGCCUGAGGCAGUGGAAUGGAUGUCAAGGCUGGCAGAGUUCAAGCCGCUGUGGAUCGAGGAGCCCACGUCUCCUGAUGACAUCCUGGGCCAUGCUGCCAUCUCUAAGGCGCUGGUCCCGUUAGGAAUUGGCGUGGCCACCGGAGAACAGUGUCACAACAGAGUGAUAUUUAAACAACUUCUACAAGCAAACGCCCUGCAGUUUCUCCAGAUUGAUAGCUGCAGACUGGGAAGCGUCAAUGAGAAUCUCUCAGUGUUACUGAUGGCCAAAAAAUUUGGAAUUCCCGUAUGUCCCCACGCUGGCGGAGUUGGCCUCUGCGAGCUGGUGCAGCACUUGAUUAUAUUUGACUACAUAUCGGUCUCUGCAAGCCUUCGAAACAGGAUGUGUGAAUACGUGGACCACCUGCACGAGCACUUCAAGUACCCUGUGCACAUCAAGCAGGCUUCCUACAUGCCUCCGAAGGACGCAGGCUACUCGACAGAAAUGAGGGAGGAUUCUGUAGAGAAGCACAACUAUCCAGAUGGCGAAGUCUGGAAGAAACUCCUCGCUGCUCAAGAAAACGAAGCAUUCAGCCCUAUGACUGCCUCUUCAUUACCUACUACCUUUUCUUCCUGGCUAGUUUUAUAAAAGUAGAAGAAAAAUCUCCUGCUACUGAUCAAGUUCAGCUGAAAGUCCCAUUAACCUCAGGAAUCAAUCAGCUUCAUCA